UCCGGACACAACCUCUUACACACAACGGGCGUCUACUAUUCUUAACCUCAUACGUAUCUCCAUCACCGGUCAAUGGCGAGUAAUGGCGCUACGAGCCCUCCACCUAUGUCUCCAACGUCACUAUCCGACUCGAUGUCUGCCAACCAGGUCUUGAGUGAUUUACGGCUCUCUGUGGAUAGUGACCGCAGUCAAAAUGAUUCACUGUCUGUACACAUCAAUGGCGCUAAUGGCAGCGCUGCUCACCACAGCGAAGAUGGAGAUAUGGUCUCACGACUGCAAAGAGAACUGGAACGAACCAGGGAAGAAAAGGAACAUCUGGCGACGCAGUACCGUAAUCUGCUUGCAAAGCUCACUCAGAUGAGGACAACUCUAGGGAAUAAAUUGAGGCAGGAUGCCGAAGAAUUGGAUCAAAGAGAACAACUAGUGCAACAAUUGACCGCACAGAACGACGAUCUGAACUCUGCAGUGGAAACGCUUAAGGAGGAACUGAUAACUUCACACGAAGAGGCUGAACGCACUUCAAGCGAGCUCGACAAUCUCCGUAAUCGCGCUUUUCAGGAGAAUGCCCAAGAAAGCUUGUUGCGGGAGCGUGAGCUGAGGGAGACUCAGACUGAGUUGGAGAGGUGUAGAAUUGAGCGAGAUGAAUGGGAAAGGAUUGCUUUGCAGGACAAAGCUAUGUCUGAUGAAUACAAGACUACCACGGAAACGCUGAGACGAGAUCUAGAAUUGGAACGAGAGGCCCGAGAACGGGAGGCGCAAGAGCUGGAGACUGAGAAGGAGAAAUCCGAUAAUCUGCAGUCCGUACUGCAAGAUUUCCAGGCAGCGAAGGAGCAUGAACUUCGGCAAGCUGUCAGGGACUAUGAUUCACAGCUAAUACAAGUGACUCAAUCGUUAGCGGAAUAUAAGCAUCGUGCCUUGACUGCUGAGCUCGCCUUGGAAGAAACUCGGACGAACACCACUCGAACCUACGAACUAGAGAAAGAGGUGAAAGAAAAGACUCUGCUCAUCGGAAAACUCCGUCAUGAAGCUGUUAUAAUCAAUGAACACCUCAUGGAAGCUCUACGGCGAUUGCGACGCAGUUCCUCUGAUAACAAUGUCGACCGACGAUUGGUUACCAACGUCCUUCUAUCGUUCCUGACCACCCCACGAGCUGACCCCAAACGAUUCGAAAUGCUUUCAUUAAUGGCCACUAUUCUGUCAUGGACAGAUCCAGAGCGCGAAAAGGCUGGACUACAACGUACUUCAACUUCCAUUCCAUCACCACCACCACCAUCUUUUUGGACUCGGUCAAGCUCCGGCUCCCUGUCCAAAAAUUCCGAACUGCAAAAGACUGACGAGACAGAGUCCUUCUCCCGUCUUUGGGUUGAGUUCCUCCUCACGGAAGCGGCAGCCGGUGAAUCCGGAUCCAACUCUUCAAGCUCCAUAAAACAGAACAACUCGCUGCCCGGAAGCCCUACUCGUCUGUCUUAUUCUCCGCCGAGUCCCACAUUUAAAGGUGCAAGAAGAUUGUCAUCCUUCACUUCUGCUGCGAUGGCGAGCUCGCCCAGCCUUUUAUCCCCUCCGCCGCGUAAAGGUAAAGAAAAAGCCAUUGAUCCGGAACCAUAAGUGUAUUAUACCCCACAUCCAUUAAUUGUUCAUUUUCUUAUCGUUAUUUUCUCUUAACUGGAGCACAAGGAUGUAUAUCUAUCUUUUCUGAACCACAUCUGGACUUUUCUUUUGGAGAAAUCCAGGACUAUCAUGCGUACUCCUGUUCUGAUCGAGAUUUGUGCCAAUGGUACCAUCAUCAUCAGUCACUGUAUCGAUGUAUUCGGUGCAACUUUUCUAAGUUACACCUAUUUCGUUAGCAAUGCCACGAUGUCGC